AUGUAUAUUGCUCCCCUGGGUGGUCAAUAUCCCCUUCCUCAAGUGCAUAAGAAGAAACCACCGAGACUAGACAUCUUGGAGCGCUUAGAGGCCGACCUAGCAUCGAUAGGAAGUCCACUUCUUAACAGAGAGCAUAUAGACACGGGACAGUCAGACGGAGAUGCCCCUUCAGCUGCUCUCCCCUCCUCACCGUCAGUAUUGUCAAACCUCCACUUCUUUGUCAAGUCCCAAGUAAACUCUCUAACUCCUGACGAUGAAUCUUCCUCUUCCGAUUCCCGUACCUCUAACUCCUCGUCAUAUACCAGGUCCCCGUCUCCAACGAGCUCCUCCUCGAGUGUUUCCUCAAAAGAGCACCAAGAAGACCUCGAAGCGAUCGAGGUGCUUAACGCUCUAGCACAAUUCGAAAGUAUCGGAUCUAGUGUUGGAUCCGAUGAGACUCUUUCUGGAAGUUUCUAUCUAGAUCAGCCACUUUCUCCUGUCUUGGAACUAGAAGAACCAUUAAAAGAUGCCGCAGCUCGUGCAUCCAAUAACGAUGAGGUAUUCCCAAGGUCCUCUACAUCGGAGGGUAUUGAGAGUGACCUCGAAAUGGCCUCAGUGGACGCCAUCUCUUCCUCUCAUAGUGAUUAUUCAAGUUCAAGUGAAGAGGAUGCAGAUACAGAUUCUGUGGUUAGCGUAAAGGUUGGCGAUGAUGCCGAUACUGACGCUUCUAAAACUACGUCAAUGCAGGAAGUAACCAUCAUCAUUGAUCAUGCAGAUGCAGAUUCUUCUGAGGGAGAAAUUGUUGAUAAUGCUGUCAUCUUUAAUGGGGAUGUUCCAAAGGAAGAGCCUGUUGAAGAAAACAAAAGCUUGGAGGAAGCCAUCGUCCCUGAUGAAGAUUCUUCUAGUCAAUUGCCUGCUGAAGGUCAUUCUGCAGAGAAUGGGUCCGUUAGAGGAAGAUAUCUUCGAUAUCUUGCUGAAGACGCCAUCGUCGCUGAUGCAGAUUCUUCAAGCAAAUUGCCUGCAGAAGGUCAUUCUGCAGUGAAAGAUAUAAUCGUCAUUGAUGAUGAUGAUGCAGAUUCUUCCAAUCAAUUGCCUGCUGAGAGUCAAUCAUUAGAGGAAGAUACCGUCGUCAUUGAUGAAGCUGAUGCAGAUUCUUCUAGUCAAUUGCCUGCUGAAGGUCAUUCUGCAGAGAAUGGGUCCGUUAGAGGAAGAUAUCUUCGAUAUCUUGCUGAAGACGCCAUCGUCGCUGAUGCAGAUUCUUCAAGCAAAUUGCCUGCAGAAGGUCAUUCUGCAGUGAAAGAUAUAAUCGUCAUUGAUGAUGAUGAUGCAGAUUCUUCCAAUCAAUUGCCUGCUGAGAGUCAAUCAUUAGAGGAAGAUACCGUCGUCAUUGAUGAAGCUGAUGCAGAUUCUUCUAGUCAAUUGCCUGCUGAAGGUAAUUCUACAAAGAAUGAGUCCGUUAGGGAAAGGUAUCUUCGGUAUCUUGCUGAAGACGCCAAGGAUGUGGCGAUGGUCGAUGAUAAAGAGAAGAAGGCUAUAUCGGCUGAGGAUGGCGCAGAUGUAGAAAUUAUAAAGAAUGAUACCGUUGGGGAUGAUGUCGAUGUUAUAACUAUGGAUGACCUGGAAGUUGAUGAUGAUUCAGAAGACGUACAGUCUGAAACCGGCACUAAUUCUGAUACCCUAAAAGAAGCGUCUGUUGACGAAGAUAUCGUCAUGAUUGAUAUGGAUGAGGACAUUUUAAAAGAAGCGCCCAUUGAAGACGCUGCAGAAACCGAUCCUUUAAAAAACACAGAGGAUGAUACAGAUACCGAUACCUUGAUAAAUCUGGCUAUCGAAGACGAUGACUCCCAACUAGUAAAAGUUUCCGCUACCUCUCCAACUGGGUCGGAAUCCUCAGAUACUGGUACCAUUGAAGGAUUUGAGUUCGUUUCAAAAGAAGAUCUGGAAGUUGCGUCUGUUUCCACGCCAUCUCCAGUCAGCUCGGAGGAUGAGAUGUCGAAGAGCACCCUCAUAGUAAUAAAGUUAGUCAACGGUAAAAGUGAAUAUGAACGAGUGUUGCCUUAUGAUCAUGCUGCUGAAGCUACCGCUAGGAAGAAUAACAAGAGAAAACGCGUUGAACUACUGAAACCUGCCUCCCCUCUCCCUCCAGAGGAUGAUCCUCUUCUGAAAGAGAUGGUAGAAUCUUUCAAAGUGGAUGAAAUUUUAAAAGUUAUGGACGAGCCAGGAAUUUUGGAUACUUCCAGUCUUUUGAAUUCGGAAUGUGGAGAAUCUCGAUCCAGCUUUGUUGUUGCAUCCAAACCAUCUCACGAAAAAAUAACUGUCGAACCCGGUACAUAUGAGGAAUCUUUCGACAUUGAGGAACCUCAAAGUCCUUUAAUAAGUAAGAUCGACGAGAUGAUCGAAACAUUUAGGGUAGAUGUUGAUUUGACCCUUUGCCCCUGUUCCUCCCUCAAACGAUGUAUCAUAUUGUAACCCUGGUUUCAUUUCCUCGGCAUUACACCACAUGCGAUUUUAAUUACUAUCACCAUACGGUGAAGAGUGCGAAUGUAUCGUGAUUGUUACUUGUUAUGAGGAAAGAAAUGCGUCUGUGAGGUCAUAUCAAAAGUGUGAAUUCUGGAAUCGAGCGUGUUACACAGACUAUCAGUUUUGCAAAACAGCUUAUUAUAUUACAAAUAUGUGAAUACAUGUUUAGCCUCAGUGCUUCCUUAUAUUUGCUUCUAAUUUGCAAAUUGAUGAUUGUUCAAAUGAGAUUGUUUGAUUAAAGGUGUAUUUCCGUGCUAAUAACAAAAUUACGAUUGGUUGAAAUAUUUAUAGAAUCAGCUUUUAGCAUUUAACCAAAUCGGUCACAAUUUUGUUUGAUUAGUGGAAGCUUUUGGAUUUUUGAUUUUUGAUUGUUGCUGUCAAUAAGAUAAUUUUAUGCUAGUCAA